UGGUGGCGGGUCGGCGGGUCGGCGGGUGCCGGCCGUGCGUCCCGGAGAGGCCCCGGGUGGCUCACCGCGGCCGCCCUGGUUGCUCGCUGCCCCGCGGGAGCCGUCGGAAGGACGCCGGGCUCGGCAGCAGCCGGGGGGCGGCCCACAAAAUGUCUGCAAAGCCAGAGAACAUGAACACUGCUUCGGUGCUGGUGUCAUUUGAAGACGUGGCUGUGGACUUCACCCAGGAGGAAUGGCAGCACAUGGACAAUGCUCAGCGGACCCUGUACAGGGAUGUGAUGCUUGAGACCUAUAGCAAUCUGCUGUCCUUGGAGUGUGGGAAAGCGUUCAACUGGAAAUCCACUCUUAUUAACCAUCAGAGAAUUCACACAGGGGAGAAACCAUAUGUAUGUAGUGAAUGUGGAAAAGCGUUUAACCAGCAAUCACAUCUCACUACACAUAAGAAAAUUCACACAGGGGAGAAUCCUUAUGAAUGUACAGAGUGUGGAAAAGGCUUUAAUCAUAAGUCAUCUCUCAUUAGGCAUCUGCGAAUUCACACAAGGGAAAAUCCUUAUGCAUCUGAGGAGUGUGGUAAUGUUUUUGGGAAAAUGUCAGAUCUCAUUGCACAUCAGAGAAUCCACUCAGGGGAGAAAGCUUAUUGUGUAUGUAGUGAGUGUGGAAAAGCGUUUAAUCAGAGGUCACAUCUCAUUGCACAUCAGAGAAUCCACUCAGGGGAGAUACCUUAUGAAUGUGGAGCAUGUGGAAACACUUUUAAAUGGCACUCAGAUCUCAUUAAACAUCAGAGAAUUCAUACGGGGGAGAGACCUUACACAUGCAGUGUGUGUGCAAAAACCUUUAACCGGAGAUCAAAUCUCAUUUCACAUCAGAGAAUUCACACAGGGGAGAAACCCUACACAUGUAGUCAGUGCCAAAAAGCCUUUUGGGAUAAGUCAGAGCUCAAUAAACACCAGAUAACGCACACAGGGGAGAAACCAUAUAAAUGUAGUGAGUGUUCAAAAGCCUAUAACCGGAGGUCAUCUCUCACUAAUCAUAAGAGAAUUCACACAAGGCAGAAAUCUUAUACAUGUAGUGAAUGUGAUAAAGUCUUUUGGGGAAAUUCAGAUUUGAUUAGACAUCAGAUAAUUCACACGGGGGAGAAACCUUAUAGAUGUAGUGAGUGUGGAAAAGCCUUUAAUCGGAGGGCAUCUGUCAUUAGACAUGAAAGAAUCCACUCAGGGGAGAAGCCUUAUGAAUGUAAUAAGUGCGAAAAAGCCUUUACCCGGAGGUCAUCUCUCAUUACACACCAGAGAGUUCACUCAGAGGAAGAGACUUUGCAUGCAAUGAAUAUGGUAAAGCCUUUAACUUGAAAUUGUCUGUUCUUACACAUUAGCAGAGUCGUAAGAAAGAAACCAAAUGAAUGAGAGUGGGAAAAUAUUUUCACAAAA